AUGUCUGUCGCUCCUGGAUCCAAGGGUAAAGUUCUGCUGGCCUACUCUGGCGGCCUUGACACAUCGUGCAUCCUUGUCUGGCUGAUCGAGCAGGGCUACGAGGUCCUCGCCUACAUGGCCAACGUCGGCCAGGAGGAGGACUUUGAGGCUGCGCGCGAGAAGGCCUUAAAGGUGGGAGCCACCAAGGUGUUCAUUGAGGAUCUGCGCCGCGAGCUGGUCGAGGAGCUGGUGAUCCCGACGAUCCAGGCCAACGCCGUCUACGAGACAGUGUACCUGCUGGGCACCUCGGUGGCGCGCCCGGUCAUCGCGCGCUCGCAGGUGGCGAUUGCGCAGCAGGAGGGCUGCACGCACGUGUCGCACGGCUGCACAGGCAAGGGCAACGACCAGGUGCGCUUCGAGCUGGCGUACUAUGCUCUGGACCCGAACCUCAAGGUGGUCGCCCCGUGGCGCAUCCCCGAGUUCUACGAGCGCUUCCCGGGACGCAAUGCGCUGCUGGCGUACGCGGCCGAGAAGAACAUCCCUGUGUCGCAGACGCCCAGCAAGCCGUGGUCGACCGACGAGAACCUCUUCCACAUUUCGUACGAGGCCGGUAUUCUCGAGGACCCGAACACCACGCCGCCGCGCGACAUGUGGAAGCUCACGGUUGACCCCGAGGACGCCCCCAAUACGCCCGAGCGCAUCACCAUCACCUUCAAGGCCGGCAAGCCCGUGCGCGUCACCAACGAGGCCGACGGCACCGACGUCACCGACCCGCUCGACCUCUUCCUGUACCUCAACACGGUCGCGCGCCGCAACGGCGUCGGCCGCAUCGACAUUGUCGAGAACCGCUUCAUCGGCAUCAAGUCGCGCGGCUGCUACGAGACCCCGGCGGCACUGUGCUGCGCGCUGCUCACAUUGACCUCGAGGGUGCGCGCCUACCGCGACGAGCACAUCACGCCGGUAUUUGGCAAGAUGAUGUACAACGGCCUGUACUUCUCGCCCGAGGGCGAUCUGCUGACCAAGAUGGUCCCGCUGACCCAGGUCGACGUCAACGGCUCGGUGCGCGUCAAGCUGUACAAGGGCAGCCUGACCAUGGAGGGCCGCUGGAGCGAGACCGAGAAGCUCUACGACAUGGAGGAGUCGUCGAUGGACGUCCAGGGCGGCUUCGAGCCUACUGACUCGGACGGCUUCAUCAAGAUCCAGAGCAUCCGUCUGAAGAAGUGGGGUGCCAAGGUCAAGGAGCAGAGCAAGAACUAG